CCAAUACUGCCAACCCAAACAUCUUCACUGCUGACUUGUCUUUUCCAGCUCACUUUAUAAACACUCUCUCCAUCUUCUCUAACAAGUACUUCAGCAAUCUACUUGUACUAUACUUCACACACUUAUAUGCACAUGUAGGCCUUAUAAGUUAUAUACUACAUUUUUAGACUUUGUAUGUUCGGCUAACAGAUACUAAUUUGGAAGUUUAUAGUUACUAGAGAUGAAGGGGUGGAGCUCUUCAGUUGAGUUCAUCUGUCUUCUGGGCUGUUGCUUCAUGUUGUUGGAACUCGCAGAGCUAAAAGUUCCACAGGAAGAAGGCGCCUCCUGGAUCAGAGAGCAAGGUGGAUUGCGAGUGCAACUCAGAGAACAACACAAUUUGUCACGUUGUAACGAUCAUUCUUAAGGGUCUUGCUCUUCCUGGUGUUCUUCCAUCUGAAUUAGUAAUGCUUCGUUAUCUCCGUAUGAUUGAUUUUGCUUACAACUACCUAAGCGGCACAAUACCUCUUGAAUGGGGUUCAACAACAUUACAGUCAAUCUCUGUUCUUGCAAACCGCUUGUCAGGAGAAGUGCCGAAAGAAUUGGGGAAUAUUACCACUCUUACUUACUUGAAUCUUGAGGCAAACCAGUUUUCUGGAACAAUCCCUCCCGAGCUUGGAAAACUAUCUAAACUAAAGAACUUGAUUCUAUCAUCCAACCAACUGACAGGCAGUUUACCAUUGACACUUGCUGCGCUAACAAAUUUAACAGAUUUUAGGAUAAACGAUAGCAACUUCACUGGGACAAUACCUGAAUUCAUACAGUCCUGGAAACAACUAAGCAGAAUGGAAAUGUCUGCAAGUGGGCUGGAGGGACCAAUUCCAUCAAAUAUAUUUGGUCUCGGUAACUUAACUGACUUGAGAAUUACCGACAUACAUGGACCAAUUCAAAGAUUUCCUAACCUAAGUAUCAGUACAAACUUGAUAAGACUAGUCCUGAGAAAUUGUAAUAUCUCUGGAGAAGUCCCUACUUAUAUAUGGAAAUUGGAAAUUCUCGAAUUGGUGGAUGUUAGCUUUAACAAAUUAGUUGGCGAAAUUCCAGAGCGCAUCGAAUCUAAGCGUUUGAAGUUCUUGUAUUUGAUGGGCAACAUGCUCAGUGGAAAUGUUCCAGACUCAAUCUUACGGGACGGGAUGACCAUUGAUCUUUCCUACAAUAAUUUUACAUGGCAAGGUCCUGAGCAACCUACUUGUCAGCCAAACAGGAAUCUAUACAUCAACUUUUUCAAGAGCUCUUAUUCCAAUAACACCUUAAAGGAUAUUCUUCCAUGUGCACAGGAUUUCAAAUGUCCUAAAUAUGGAUGCUCAUUACGGGUUAAUAGUGGUGGAGACAAUUCAACAAUUAAAGAAAAUCAUGGAGAAGUUCUGUAUGAAGGUGAUGCAGGAGUUGAAGGUGGUGCGGCGAGGUAUUAUAAAAGUAAUAACUACUGGGGAUUUAGUAGUAGUGGGGACUUCAUGGAUGAUAAUAAUUACCAAAAUUCGCGUUAUGUUAAAUCUGUGCCAUCAAUAAACAUACCUCAGAUGUACACUACUGCCCGCCUUUCCCCUGUAUCUCUUACCUACUUUCGAUAUUGCUUGGAGAAUGGGAGUUAUGAUGUAAGCCUGCAUUUUGCGGAAAUACAAUUUACCAAUGACAAAACAUCUAGCAGUCUUGGGAGGCGAAUAUUUGAUAUCUACAUCCAGGAUAUUUUAGUUUGGAAGGAUUUUAAUGUUGAAAUUGAGGCUCAUGGGGCACAACGCCCUCUGGUUAAAAAAUUUAAUGCUAGUGUGACAAAUACUAUCUUAGAGAUCCGAUUUUACUGGGCUGGAAGAGGGACUACACGCAUUCCAAAUAGAGGGGUAUAUGGUCCCAUCAUAUCAGCUAUCUCGGUUGAUCCAAAUUUUAAAAUUUGUUAUACUAAAGGGAAGAUGAAGGGAAGCAAUGUCAUUUAUGUCAUAGUUGGAGUUCUGACUUUAAGCAUUAGUGCUACAGUAGUCUCUAUUCUUUGGUGGAAAGGUUCUUUCAAAGCCAACAAAAGGAAAGGGAAAGAUCUGGAGGGUGUAGAGUUGAGAACAGUAUCUUUCUCCUUAAAACAAUUAAAAGCCGCAACUAACAAUUUUGAUUCCAGAAACAAGCUUGGGGAGGGAGGUUUUGGUCCUGUUUACAAGGGUUUAUUGUCAGAUGGCACUGUGAUAGCAGUGAAACAGCUAUCAUCUAGAUCAAGACAAGGAGAUCGUGAAUUUGUGAAUGAGAUUGCCAUGAUUUCUUGUCUACAACACCCAAAUCUUGUAAAGCUCCACGGAUGUUGUAUCGAAGGAGAUCAGUUAUUUCUGGUGUACGAGUACUUGGAGAACAACAGCCUUGCUAAUGCUUUGUUUGGUUCAGAGAACAGUCAACUGAUACUAGAUUGGCCAACAAGAUAUAGUAUAAGUAUUGGUAUAGCUAGAGGCUUGGCCUUUCUCCAUGAAGAAUCAAGACUCAAAAUUGUUCAUAGAGACAUCAAAGGUACGAAUGUGCUGCUUGAUGGAGAGUUAAACCCUAAAAUUUCUGACUUUGGUUUGGCUAGGCUUAAUGAAGAUGAGAAGUCCCACAUAAGUACUCGAGUUGCUGGAACAAUAGGUUAUAUGGCUCCAGAAUAUGCACUAUGGGGUUAUUUGAGUGACAAGGCUGAUGUUUACAGCUUUGGAAUUGUAGUAUUGGAAAUUGUCAGUGGAAAGAACAAUAACAGUUACAUGCCAAGCAACAAUUGCAUUUGCCUCUUGGACUGGGCAUGCAAAUUGCAACAAACAAAAAACUUUGAGGAGCUAAUUGAUCCAAGGUUGGGGUCACAAGUGAACAAGGUCGAAGCAGAAAGAAUGGUGAAAGUUGCACUCAUGUGCACAAAUGCAUCUCCGUCACUAAGGCCUAUAAUGUCUGAAGUGAUAGCCAUGCUUGAAGAACGACUAGAUAUUCCAGAUACAUUCCCGGAAGCAAAUACUUACUCUAAUGAUCUAAGAUUUAAAGCAAUGAGGGACUUCCAUCGAGAUCAAACUUCUCGAAAUUCCCACAGCAGCCAAACUCUAUCCGAAUACAGAACACUGUCUUCCAUUACUUCGACUCACAGUUUUACAGGAAGCCAAACGCUGAAUGUGAAUCAAACUGGAAUGCAGUUUUCCUCAACAUCUAAUGAAGAUUCAGAUGAAAUUCGUCCGGAAAGGAAACCUCAGUGAUGAUGCUGGUGAUUUCUUUUUUGCAUGCUUAAGCUUGUAAUCAAUUAUUACAGAAGGACUUGUAAUUCUUUUAUAUUUUCUAAACACUAGAGGAGCUGAUGUGGAUAAGUUACAUUCUUGGUUAAAAGUUGUGAAGAAAUUAGGCCAAGAUAAUUUAA